AGAAAAAUCAAAACUUUCACCUGAUGAAGUGCCAUUGUGUAAUUUCUAUGAACAAUUGGAAAAUGAUAAUGAAAAACAAAAAUUAUUAAUACCAGAUGGUGUAUAUACACUUGAGGAGCUACGAGAAUAUGGCAAAGAACACGAAUAUUGCCCUUAUUAUUUGGCAAGGAGAACGAUUCCUUUUGCAAAUGCAGUAAUAUAUAGUUACCAUUAUCUACUAGAUCCGAAAGUUGCCGAGUUAGUCUCUAAGGAGUUAUCUAAAGAUUGUAUUGUUGUGUUUGAUGAGGCACACAAUAUAGAUAAUGUUUGUAUUGAAUCACUCAGCAUUGAUAUUACCAAGUCAAAUUUGGAUGCAAGCGCGAAAAGUAUAGCAAAUCUUAGGGACAGAAUUGAAGAUAUCAAAAAAAGAGAUAGUCAGAAAUUACUUGAUGAAUAUAAUAAACUUGUUGAAGGAUUAAUAAUGGCUGGCCAAGAACAAGAUGAAGAUGUGUAUAUGUCGAAUCCUAUUUUGCCUGAAGAUUUGUCUCACGAGGCUGUGCCUGGUAAUAUUCGGCAAGCUGAGCAUUUCGUAGCUUUCUUGCGUCGCUUUAUUGAAUAUCUUAAAACUAGAAUGCGAGCUCAACAGGUGGUCGCUGAGACGCCAAUGUCGUUCCUCCAAAACUGCAGAGAAGUAACAUUGAUUGAACGUCAGCCUUUGAGGUUUUGUAGCCAAAGGCUAACUUCAUUAGUUCGAACAUUAGAGUUGUCAGAUCUCAAUGAUUAUUAUGCGUUACAUAAAGUCGCAGCUUUUGCAACCCUUGUGGCAACUUACGAAACAGGCUUCAUGUUAAUUUUAGAACCUUUUGAAAAUGACACCAUUCCAAAUCCAAUUUUUCAUCAUGCGUGCCUCGAUGCAUCAAUAGCUAUUAAGCCUGUAUUUAAGAGAUUCAAAACCGUCGUUAUAACAUCUGGAACAUUAUCUCCACUUGACAUGUAUCCAAAGAUAUUAAACUUUCAGGCAGCUGUGCAAGAAAGUUAUUCAAUGACUUUAACGAGGAAUUGUUUCCUGCCAUUGGUAAUAACUAGAGGUAGUGAUCAAGUCGCUAUUAGUUCUAAAUUUGAAGUUCGUAAUGAUCCAGCUGUAGUACGAAAUUUCGGGCAAAUUCUCGUUGAAUUUUCCAAAAUUGUUCCCGACGGAAUUGUUGCAUUCUUCCCGAGCUAUUUAUACAUGGAAUCAAUAGUGGCUAUGUGGAACGAUAUGGGUAUAUUAAAUCAAGCAUGGAAGCAUAAGUUAAUAUUUGUUGAAACACCAGAUGCUGCAGAAACUAGUUUGGCUUUAGAGAAUUACAGAAAGGCAUGUGACAACGGACGCGGUGCCAUCUUACUAUCAGUUGCUCGUGGGAAGGUUUCGGAAGGCAUUGAUUUUGAUCAUAAUUAUGGACGUGCUGUAAUUAUGUUUGGUGUACCAUAUCAAUAUACAGAGAGUCGGAUUCUGAAAGCACGCCUUGAGUUUUUGAGGGAAAAUUACAGAAUACGCGAAAGUGAUUUUUUAACAUUUGACGCAAUGCGUCAUGCAGCUCAAUGCGUUGGGAGAGUUUUAAGAGGAAAAACUGAUUAUGGUCUAAUGAUAUUUGCCGAUAAGAGAUUCGCAAGGGCAGACAAACGUAAUAAAUUACCUAGGUGGUUGAACCAAUUUAUCACGGAUGCUUGUACAAACUUAUCGACGGAUAUGGCAUUGGUAACAGCAAAAAAAUUUUUGAGAACGAUGGCUCAGCCGUUUGAACGUGAUCAAUUGGGUGUAUGGUCUGUCGAAGAU